AGCCAUGAAGCUCUCAGUCUCUCUUCCUCCCUUCUUCUUCUUCUUCCUCCUCCUCCUCCUCCUCCAUACUCCCCAAACCCUAGCCCUCAACCCUAACUGUGAGGCUCAGGACCAAGGCUCCGACCUCAAAGUCUUCCAUGUCUUCAGCCCAUGCUCUCCCUUCAAGCCUUCCACCCCACUCUCCUGGGAGGAGACCGUUCUUCAGCUUCAGGCCGACGACAAGGCUCGCCUCCAGUUUCUGUCGAGCCUUGUGGCGGGGCGCUCCGUCGUGCCCAUCGCCUCCGGCAGGCAGAUCACCCAGAAUCCUACUUACAUUGUGAGGGUCAAGGUCGGCACGCCGCCUCGCACCUUCCUCAUGGCCAUGGAUACCAACAAUGACGCCGCCUGGCUACCUUGCGACGGCUGCGUUGGCUGUUCCUCCUCCGUGGUCUACUCUCCGGUCAAGUCUAUUUCCACCAGAAACGUCAACUGUGGAGCUCCACAGUGCAAGCAGGUACCCAAUCCCACUUGCGCUGGCAGCGCGUGCGCUUUCAACCUCACCUACGGCAGCUCCUCCAUAGCGGCCAACUUAGUUCAAGACACCGUGAAGCUGGCGGCUGACCCAGUUCCGGGCUACGCCUUUGGGUGUAUCCAGAAGACCACAGGGAGCUCUGUUCCGGCACAGGGCCUAUUGGGCUUGGGCCGAGGCCCAUUGUCACUGUUAUCCCAGACCCAACAUCUCUACCAAUCUACAUUCUCAUACUGCUUGCCCAGCUUCAAGGCGCUCAACUUCUCCGGCUCCUUGAAGCUCGGGCCUGUAGCCCAGCCCAAAAGGAUCAAGUUCACCCCUCUCCUGAAAAAUCCUAGAAGAUCAUCACUCUAUUACGUCAACUUAAUCGGCAUCCGGGUUGGCCGGAGAAUCGUUGAUAUCCCGCCGGCUGCCUUGGCCUUCAACCCCACCACCGGUGCCGGCACCAUUUUUGAUUCUGGUACGGUGUUCACCAGACUGGUUGAACCAGCAUAUAUUGCUGUACGAGAUGCAUUCCGAAGACGAGUGGGAAGAAAUUUAGUAGUUACAAGUCUAGGAGGAUUUGACACAUGCUACAAAGUACCAAUAAAUGCACCUACCAUAACUUUCAUGUUUAAGGGCAUGAAUGUGACGCUCCCACAGGACAACCUCCUCAUUCACAGCACCGUCGGCGGCAUCACAUGCCUCGCCAUGGCGGCGGCGCCCGACAACAUCAACUCCGUGCUCAAUGUCAUCGCCAACAUGCAGCAACAAAACCACCGUGUGCUCUAUGAUGUGCCCAAUUCGAGACUCGGUGUUGCCCGUGAGCGAUGCACCUAAUAGCACAAAUCAAGUGAAAUCCUUUAACAAUAAUUUCAUGAAUGAGAAAUUCUUAUGUACAUCCAGUGCAUCAGGGGUACUUAAGAAUUUUUCUAUCAUGAAUUUGGUCACAUUAAUCACAUCAAACUGGGAAUGAGUUUAUUUGCUAACCACAUAAAAGAAGAUAGCUGGGGUGGCUAUAGUUGCUGGUAAUAGUAUUAUGUGUUUGGAAUUGAGUUCAGAGUUUAGCAGAGUUUGAAGUCGUUUAUGUAGGGUGUGUGAUGGGAGCGUCACGGGUUUAUUUCUGUAGCUUUUCAUGUCGUUUUGUUAAUGUUGCCGGCACUGUGAGUUGUCGUACAAGGUCACGGGUCAUUUUUAUAUGAUUGUGAUAUUGGGAAUUUUCACAGAAAUAAUUUAUUUGCUUUCUAGAAA